UCGGUCAUCAGCUUCGGCCCACGAGUGUCCAAGCUGCUGAUGUUUGCUGAUAUAGUCUAGACCGGGGCUACACUAGCCGACUCAAUCCGACUGAUCAAACAGUCAAAUCCGGAGGGUUUAACGGUGAUCACUGUGCGCGUUUCUCGGGUCUGGAAGUUUACAACUGUGGAGGGCGAUUGUAAGGCGUUGUGGAUGUAGAGAAAACCUUUCCUCGCACCGCACACUGCUUUCACCCACUGUAUAGUCCGACCAAUUCGAUGUAGUGGCGCGUUUGUAGUGCGUUGAACAAAAGCAAGUGGAACAAACAGGAAACAGGAAACAUUAGGAGCUCGCGUGUACGAGGCCUUUCAGAACAUUACGUAGCGUAAGGAGACCGGCUAUCCUCCUCGGUUUUGGUGUGUCGGGAGUUUGUGGGAGAGUGUCCGAAAAAAUAGAGCGACACGCUAGACACCCUGCUCGGUGCCAUCAACGUAAGCGUAGCAGGCGAUCCGUAACAUCUGCUUGAGAAUGCUUGUGCUCAAGUACGAUAACUUUGUCCCGAUACCAAUUAUAGACAGUUCAUGACACAGAGUGUCAUCCUAGUGAUAGUAAGUUUCGUAGUUUAAUCCAUCGCCACAAUAUUCGAUCGCCGACCAUCAUCUACAGGCUGAUCGUAGCUGAACUGAGGUACUGUUAUCGCAGUUCAACGACUAACCGGAGUGUAAACGAUACAUCGCAAGCGGUAUCCUCGCUAUCCACGCACUCUACUCUGCAUUAGAGCUUACUACCAAUCGCACGGGACCUAUUCCUAUACUGCGCCAUCUAGCGUCCUUCAAGAGUAUAUACUACCAUCUGUACUGUGCAGCAACUGAGCAGAACGGAAAUGGCUUUAGACUUUGCUGCCGGUUGUUUAGGAGGUUGUGCCGGUGUUCUCGUUGGAUUCCCGUUCGACACGGUGAAGGUGCAUCUGCAGACGCAAAACCACCAGAAUCCGCUGUACCGCGGUACGAUCGACUGCUUCCGGAAGAUCAUUGUGCGCGAAGGCGUCCAUGGACUGUACCGGGGUAUGUCCAGCCCGAUGGCGGGCGUUGCCGUGGUGAACGCGAUCGUGUUCGGUGUGUACGGGAACAUACAGCGGCGUACCACCAAUCCGGACUCACUGUACUCGCACUUUUUGGCCGGAACGGCUGCCGGCUUAGCGCAGAGCGUCGUGUGCUCACCGAUGGAGCUGAUCAAGACGCGGCUUCAGCUGCAGGACAAUCUACCGCGCGGUGCGGAACGGUUCAGCGGGCCGUUGGACUGCACCAAAAGCAUCUGGCGCCGGGAAGGAGUGCGGGGCAUCUUCCGUGGACUGGGUAUUACGGCAGCACGUGACAUGCCGGGAUUCUCUAGCUACUUUGUGGCCUAUGAGUAUAUGGUCCGGUGUGUGCCGGACCCGUCGCCAUUCGUUAUACUGAUGGCCGGUGGACUUGCCGGUACCUUCUCCUGGCUCGUCACCUUCCCAAUGGACGUGGUGAAAUCGCGCCUGCAAGCGGACGGCAUUUCCGGCAAGCCUCAGUACAGUGGGUUGGUCGAUUGCUUACGGAAAAGUCACGCUGCCGAGGGUAUGGCGUUCUUGUCCCGUGGGCUCGCAUCAACGUUACUGCGCGCUUUCCCAAUGAAUGCCGUCUGCUUCCUGGUCGUGUCCUACACGAUGAAACUGUUCGACGAUCCCAAAAUUGCCAGCGUAGUCGAACUCGGUGCAAGUGCUGCUGUUGAACCACCGCUGCUGAUGGUGCCUGCGGUAGCGGAUGUGCCCAAGCUGACACCACCAACGAUCGGACACAAGCGAAUUGCACACGAUCACGACAAUCACCUGCUAAACAUCAAGCAAAACACCUACCGAUUCCUGCGUUCGCUCGGAGGCUUCAGCGAGGCGGUCUGCUGUGCGGAAAUGGGAGAGCUAGCGGACGAUCUGUACGAUAGCAACUCGGACGAGCAGUUAGGGGCAAGCUACGCCAAGCUGAACGAACUGCUGCUCAGCACAGACCCGGAGGACGCUAGCAAUCGGUACCCAUUUUUAGGUGAUUGAGCCUCGCCCUACUGCAUGAGCCUUUUCAUUUGUUUGUUUUUUCUUAGAAAAGGUCACCAAAGACUUGUGUACAAAGAAACCAUAGACUAAUAGUUUGCCAGAUGGGAAAGCCGUGUAUGAAAAUAUACUUUUAUUUAAAUACUUCGAAAAA